AUGGACUGUUUCUCAGAAGGUGAUAAAAAUACAAGAUAUUUCCGUAGUCUGGUAAAAGGAAGAAGGAAAAGAAUCCAGAUUAAGAGGAUUAAAGAUGCUACUGGAAAUUGGCUAGAGGAUGCUGAUAGAGUUGCUGGUGAAGCUGUAAAUUUUUUUCAUAAGACAUUUACUCAGGAGGAGGUUAGUGAAGAUUCUCCAAUUCUUAAUCAUAUUCCUGAACUAAUUACAGAGGAGGAUAAUAGGCUACUUGCUGAACAACCUACUAUGGAGGAAGUACAGAAGGCAGUGUUUCAAUUAAAUGGGGACAGUACCUGUGGCCCUGAUGGCUUUUCUGGGAUCUUUUAUCAGAAGUGUUGGGAGGUGAUCAAGGCUGAUGUAUUUAGUGUUGUUAAAGCUUUCUUUGAAGGACAGACUCUUCCCAAGUCAAUCACUCACACUAAUCUAGUUUUGCUGCCAAAGAAGAAUGUUGUUGAGUCUUUCUCUGAUAUGAGACCUAUAAGUCAUAACAACUUUAUCAAUAAGUUCAUAUCAAGAGUAGUUCAUGAUAGAGUGGACAAGUUACUCACAAGGGUGAUUUCUCCAAAUCAGUCAGGUUUUGUUAAGAGCUGGAAUAUAAUUGAGAAUGUAUUAUUUACACAAGAAAUUGUAACUGAUAUAAGGAAGAGAGGAAAACCAUCAAAUGUUGUGAUUAAGUUGGAUAUGACAAAAGCAUAUGACAGGGUCUCAUGGUUAUAUCUCUGUAAGGCACGUGGUUUCUUUCACUCUACAAGGGGUGUCAAGCAAGGGGAUCCAGUCUCUCCUGCUCUUUUCAUUAUAGCUGCAGAAGAUCUUUCAAGAGCAUUAAACUCUUUGUUUGAUCAGCCUGGUUUUGUUGGUUAUGGGAUGCCAAAGUGGAGAUCCUUACAAGGUUCUGUUGGAAUAAUAAGGAGGAAGGAAGAUGCAGACAUUGGUCAUCUUGGCUUAAUAUGUGCCUUCCUAAACAUGAAGGAGGUUUGGGUUUCAGGUCUAUUUAUGACAUGUCCAAAGCCUUAUGUGCUACACUCUGGUGGAAGUUUAGAACCACUAGUUCUCUUUGGGCAAAUUUCAUGUGGAACAAAUACUAUAAGAAGCAAAUUCCUCAAGUGGUUUAAUGGAAGGGAGUUAGGUGCUCUCAGCUAUGUGGUUCCCCAAUCCUGGCAAAUCAAUGAUCAUGCUGAAGAUGUUUCUGAGCUUAUUUCAAAUGGAAGAUGGGAUAUCAACAAACUCAUGCAGCUGUUUCCUGAAGAUAUAUUUAAAGUGCCAAUUGAUGAAGUGGUGGCAAGUAUUGGCAUUCCUAUAGUUUCAAAGUGUUGUUGCUGCCAUACUGCUCAGAUUGAGACCAUCAACCAUCUGUUUCUGUGGGGAGAUUUGGCUACUAAGUGUAAUACUGAUGGAGCUGCUAAAGGAAAUCCAAGGCCAAGUUCUACUGCUUUUUGUAUCAGAAAUGAAGAAGGAGAUUUGGUGCAUGCAGUUGCUAAAAUUCUGAUAGAUGGAUCAAAUAUUGUUGCUAAGGCUGAGGCUAUUAGAAUGGGUCUGAUGUACUGUGUGGAAAAGGAACUGUUUCCAUUGAUUAAAGAGACUGAUUCCAUGACCAUGAAGAUGAUUAUAAAUGGUGAAUGGAAGAUCCCUUAG